AUGGUUGCAGACGCCUGGUUCGGCUUCUCAUGGCUCCUCAACAACCAACUCCCCAAGCUCAACCCCAUCAAACGCGUGCCGGACCUCGCCGCCCUGGCGGAACGGCACAGCGAAGCCAUCCUUCCGGGAAUCGACGACUUUGUCAUGACUAUCAACCCCGUGGAUGAACCCGUCAUGUACACGGUGAACACCAUCCUCUCUAUCCUCGCCGCCGACUACCCCAUUGACAAGUACGCCAGCUACCUCUCUGACGACGAUGGCUCAUUGGUGCACUAUGAGGCAAUGAUCCACGUUGCUCAUUUUGCUGCUUUGUGGGUCCCGUUUUGCCGGAAGCAUUGCAUCGAGCCAAGGUCCCCGGAGAACUAUUUUAGGAUGAAAACCAGGUCGUGUGUCGGGGGUAUGGCAGGAGAGUUCAUGAGUGAUCACAGGUGUGUGCGCAAAGAAUAUGGUGAGUUCAAGGUGAGAAUAGAUUCCCUUUCUACAACCGUCCGCCGACGGUCUGAUGCCUACAACAAAGGAGAUGAUGGUGUACAUGCCACUUGGAUGGCUGAUGGGACACAAUGGGCGGGUGCAUGGAUUGAGCAAGCUGACAACCAUCGUAGAGGACAACAUACAGGAAUUGUUCAGGUCAUGCUCGGCUAUCCAAGUUGUAAACCACAGCUUGGAUCUUCAGCGAACACCAAAAAUCCAAUUGACUUGAGCAACAUUGACAAAAGACUCCCAAUGCUCGUAUACAUUUCCCGGGAGAAGCAUCCCGGUUAUGACAACCAAAAGAAGGCAGGCGCCAUGAACGUGAUGCUCCGCGUCUCCGCCUUACUCUCAAAUGCGCCUUUUGUCAUCAACUUUGACUGGGACCACUACAUCAACAACUCGCAAGCUCUCCGUGACCCUAUGUGCUUCAUGCUCGACCCUCGCGGCGGUCAGAACACGGCCUUCGUCCAGUUACCACAACGCUUCGACGAUGUCGACCUGACAGAUCGCUACUCCAACCACAAUCGUGUCUUCUUCGAUGGCACCAUGCUUUCGCUCAACGGCCUCCAAGGGACAACCUACCUUGGCAUAGGCACCAUGUUCCAUCGAGUCGCACUCUAUGGCAUGGAGCCACCACGAUAUAGAGCGGAGAGCAUCAAGCUGGUACGUAAGGCCGCUGAGUUGGGUAACUCGACGCAAUUCCUGAACUCAAUACCGGAUGGCGCAAUCCAAGAGCGGUAUAUCACCCCGGUGUUGGUCGACGAGGGGUUUAGCAAUGACAUAACCACCUUGAUGACGUGUGCUUAUGAGGAUGGUAGUCCAUGGGGUAGAGUCAUCGGGUGGGUGUACAACAUCGCGACGGAGGAUGUGGUGACCGGAUUCCGCAUCCACUGGCAAGGGUGGCGUUCCAUGUAUUGCUCCAUGGAGCCAGCUGCAUUCCGCGGAAUGGCACCAAUCAACCUCACCGAUCGCCUCUACCAGGUGCUCCGGUGGUCAGGCGGAUCCCUCGAGGUGUUCUUCUCCCGCAGCAUCGAUCUGCAGCGCAUCGCUUACCUCAACAUGUCGAUCUACCCGAUCGCCACGAUGUUCGUCCUGGCCUACAGCUUCUUCCCGGUGAUGUGGCUCUUCUCCGAGCAAUCGUACUACAUCCAGAGACCGUUCGACAUGUACAUCAUGUACCUCGUAGCUGCCAUAGCGAUGAUGCACGUGAUCGGCAUGUUUGAGUUGAAAUGGGCGGGGAUCACGCUGCUGGACUAG